AUGCUGAGGUCAGUUUUUAGAGGCCGGACUAGUUCCAUGUGGACCAGAUCGGCUCGUACCACACUGUCACCGCGUUUGUUUAUCACGGCAUCUCCCAACGUUGCUCAUUUACACUCAAGUUCCAGACUUUAUAAGGACAGCUCAAGAGAUCAGAACAUCAGAGACAGGGACGCCAACGACGAAGACGUGGAGGAUAUCAAAAAAGAGAUCGAGCGUUAUAUCCAGGACGCCAAAAAUGACACGCCAGGGAACCGCGAAUUGCGCAAGAAACGACUAGAUGACAGUAUCAAGAGACUGGAAGAGACCAUGCUACGACAACAAGAGAAGCAGCGUCUGGAAGCUCAAGAAAGCGAAAACGACGUGACUGAUAAAAAUAAGACGUCUGCUGCUGAGCAGUCGAAUGAGCAGGGGAAGUCUACAACGAACUCAGAAGACAGUCCGUUUGCCAACGAGGAGAAGCAAGCAUUCGACCAAAACAAAAAGAUUAACGACCGCAAAAAAGCAGAGGAGGAAAAACUUAAGAAAAUCCUGAAUGACCCAAACGCCAACGUGCUCGCUGUGAACAUAGGGUUUCUGGAAAUUGGGGUUUUGCUAUUUCUGCUGUCGUUCGUUUUGAGUCGUGUUUACAACACUGAAGAACAGAGGGAAAUAACGUGGCAAGAUUUUAGAUCGCAACUGCUCGCCAAAGGCUACGUUGCAAAGCUUGUUGUUAUCAACAAGUCGUUUGUGAAAGUGAUUCUUAACGAAAACGGUAAGAAUCAGCCCGAACACAGCGGUCACGAUUUCUACUUCUUUACAAUUGGCUCCAUAGAAAGCUUCGAAAGAAAACUUCAGAAGGCGCAAGAACAGAUUAAAAUUGCCGAUGACUUCAGAGUUCCAGUCAUCUAUACUCAAGAAGGCAAUUGGGCCAAGGCGAUGUACCAGAUUCUUCCGACAGCCUUGAUGAUCGGUGGUUUGAUCUGGAUUACUAAACGUUCCGCAUCGGCUGCUGGAGGCGGUGGUCCCGGUGGUAUUUUCAGUGUAGGCAAAUCAAAGGCCAAGAGAUUCAACAAGGACACCGCUGUCAAGAUCUCCUUCGAAGACGUUGCAGGCUGCGAUGAAGCUAAAGAAGAAAUUAUGGAAUUUGUGAGCUUCCUAAAAGAGCCUUCCCGCUACGAAAAACUUGGUGCUCAAAUACCCCGUGGUGCCAUUCUAUCUGGACCUCCAGGUACCGGUAAGACCUUGAUUGCCAAAGCUACAGCGGGCGAGGCAGGUGUUCCCUUUUUUUCCGUUUCUGGUUCCGAGUUUGUGGAAAUGUUUGUUGGUGUAGGUGCUUCCAGAGUUCGUGAUUUAUUCAAAAAUGCUCGUGAGAAUGCGCCCGCAAUCAUUUUUAUCGAUGAGAUUGAUGCUAUAGGUAAAGCUAGACAAAAGGGAAAUUUCUCCGGUGCUAAUGAUGAGAGAGAAAACACUUUGAACCAGCUACUGGUUGAAAUGGACGGCUUCACUGCAUCCGAUCAUAUAGUCGUUCUUGCUGGUACUAAUCGCCCAGAUGUACUAGACCAAGCGUUGAUGCGUCCCGGAAGAUUUGACAGGCACAUCAAUAUCGACAGACCCGAGCUUAAAGGUCGCAAACAGAUUUUUGAAGUUCACUUAGCCAAGAUAAAGCUAGCAGGAUCCAUGGAAGAUUUGAAAAAUAGAUUGGCAGCAUUGACUCCAGGAUUUUCUGGUGCUGAUAUCUCGAAUGUCUGUAACGAAGCUGCACUAACGGCCGCAAGAAACGAUUGUAACUCUGUGAAGCUAAGUCAUUUUGAACAGGCAAUUGAAAGGGUCAUCGGUGGCGUCGAAAGGAAGUCUAAACUUCUAUCACCUGAGGAGAAAAAGAUUGUGGCUUACCAUGAAGCUGGUCACGCUGUAUGUGGAUGGUUCUUGGAAUACGCCGAUCCUCUGCUGAAGGUGAGUAUUAUUCCUCGCGGUCAAGGCGCUCUGGGUUACGCGCAGUAUCUACCAGGUGACGUUUAUCUAUUGAGCGAACAGCAAUUAAAAGAUAGAAUGACCAUGGCCCUAGGUGGCAGAGUAUCCGAGGAACUGCAUUUCCCAUCUGUGACAAGUGGCGCCUCAGAUGAUUUCCAGAAGGUUACGCGUAUGGCUACUGCAAUGGUAACGGAAUUGGGUAUGAGUGACAAGAUCGGCUGGAUCAACUACCAAAGGAAAAGCGAAAGUGAUUUAACAAAGCCAUUUUCGGAAGAAACGGCUGCGAUCGUCGACUCCGAGGUCUACGAAAUAGUUCAAGCCUGUCACGAUCGUUGCGCUGCUCUUCUCCAAGAAAAAUCCGACGCAGUGGAAAUGGUCGCUCAGCAAUUGUUGAAGGAAGAGGUGUUGACAAGGGAGGACAUGAUUCGCAUGUUGGGGAAACGUCCCUUCUCUGAACGUAAUGACGCAUUUGACAAAUAUCUCAACGAAAAGGAAACCGAAAGGCUGCGCAAGAACGAGGAACGGGACAUAGGAAUGAGCGUUUAA